GUCGCCAUGUGGCCCCUGGUCGCUGCGAUCGCCUUCCUGAUGGCGGCCUUGUCAAGCGGCAUCUCUCAGGAGUAUCCCAAGAUUCUCAACGGCACCAAUGGGACCAGCGGGUUUCUCCCGGGUGGCUACACCUGUCGCCCCCACUCUCAGCCCUGGCAGGCAGCCCUGCUAGUGCAAGGGCGGCUGUUCUGUGGGGGAGUCCUGGUCCACCCCAAAUGGGUCCUCACUGCAGCACACUGUCUGAAGGACGGGUACAGAGUUUACCUGGGCAAGCAUGCCCUGGGGCGAGUGGAGGCCGGAGAGCAGGUGAGGGAGGUAGUCCGCUCUAUCCCCCACCCUCAAUACCAGAUCAGCCCCACCCACCUGAACCACGACCAUGACAUCAUGCUUCUGGAGCUGCAGUCCCCGGUCCAGCCCACGAACCACAUCCGUGUCCUGCCCCUCUCCCACAACAACUGUCUCCCUGCUGGCACCUGCUGUCGGGUGUCUGGCUGGGGCACCACCACCAGCCCCCAGGUGAGUUACCCCCAAACCUUACAAUGUGCCAACAUCCAGCUACGCUCAGAUGAAGAGUGUCGCCAAGUCUACCCAGGGAAGAUCACACCCAACAUGCUGUGUGCCGGCACAAAAGAGGGUGGCAAGGACUCCUGUGAGGGUGACUCCGGGGGCCCCCUGAUCUGUAAUGGAACGCUCCAUGGCAUCAUCUCCUGGGGAGACUUCCCAUGCGGGCAGCCCAACCGGCCUGGCGUCUACACUCGAGUCUCUCAAUAUGUUCUAUGGAUCCGAGAAACAAUUCGAAACCACAAAACUCAGGAGCAGAAAUGGACAAAGGGCUCACAAUAAAUGCUAGGUUGGCUCACCUGCCUCCUUCCUCCCUCCAUGCCCUCACUAGGUUUGCCCAUUGCUUCUCUGCCCCUUCCAAAGUUCCACUUGAACCUGUGAUCCAUGUUCUCAGUAUGUCUAAUCCCAGCUGUCGUUUUGUGUUCCAAAAGCAUUAACUCACUUCCAAUAUCAUGAUCUCCCAGCUACUAUAUCCUGAAACACCUUGGUACCUUCAACAUCCCAACCCAGACAACGUUCCAGGGCUCCCACCAUUUCAACAUAGUCCCAGAUAGCCAUCUGAAUGUUCAGUCUGUGGAAUACCCUUAAGUACAUCCAUUGGCCUAUCUCCGCAAUAUUCUAUGUCCCAUGAAUGGAAUUCUCUACACAGUAUGCAACACCCCUUCAAAUAUUUAUUUAUUGCCCACAUUCUAGACACUUCUGUGUUUGGUGCUCAAGAAGGUUCUAGAUUCCUGUAAUAUUUCAUCCUGAAAAUAUUCUCUUAUGCCCAGAAUCUGCCCCAAUAAUAUUCUGCAGAUCUGAAUGAUUAAUCACAUCACAGCUAAUAUUGAAUCCUCAUAAAUGUUCAUUCUCACAUAGUUUGGGGUUCCCAAAUGUCGCAUCUCUACCUACAUCCCACAUCCAUCCUACAUCCCAAUAUUUUUGCCAGUAUUCCCCAUCUCUGAGUCCCUAUGCCCACUAAAGAUCAAUAGCAAACUAGACUAGAGUUUUGAAGUUCAGUACCCAGAGAGGCCUCCAUGCCUAGACCCUGUUAUCUGCCAAAUAUUCUGUCCUUUUAUCUCCCCCACAAGCAUCUUUGUUCAGUGACCUCAAAUGCAGUAAAUGCUCAAGCCUCCUGAGUACCAGUUUUUAACAAGCCAGAGAACUCACUGCCUCUUUUUUUAUCUGUAAAUGGGGCUCAUCAUUUUUCCUCAUAGCAUUGUUAUGAUUAAUGUCAAGCACUUCCACUAUUAUUAUUUGCUUAUUAUUAUUAUUAUUCUCUAUAAAAUAGAGAUGUCAACAACAACCCCUCAAAUUUACAGUGUUUGCAAAAAGUGUUACAUUUGGGAGGCCUGGCUGGUUCCGUUGGUAGAACAUGUAACUGUUGAUCUCAGGGUUCUGAAUUCAAACCCCAUACUGGGCAUAGAGCUUACUCAAAACAAAACAAAACAAAACAAAACAAAACAAAACAGAAAACAAGAAGUGUUGCAUACAUGUACUUUUUCAGCAUUUAUUCAAUGCUGACCAAUUGCAGGCACCCUCCUGGGUGUUGGUAAAAACAACUUUAUUUAACAAAUAUUGGCACUUAUAAGCCAAGCACUGUUGCAGGCACAGCUGAUAAACAGUGAAUUAGUUAAAACUGCCCUUGUAGUUUUAUCUUUGUAAGGAGACACGAUUAAAAAAAAGGAGUAAGGAAAUAGACGGGCAGGUAGAAAUGUGAGCCAUGGCAAAAAAGCAGAGAUGAAGGAUAGGGAACAUUGAGUUAGGGGAGUGAGUGGAGUUGCUAUUUUAUUUUACUUUUUAUAUAAGUUCUAUGCCCAAUGUGAGGCUUAAACUCAUGAUCCUGAGAUCGGGUCACAUGUGACCCAGCAGGUCCCCAGAGUUGCUAUUUUAAAUAGAAUGGUCUGGGGAAGAGACCUGAGGUGGUGCCAUUAAAAAAACAACAAACAAACAAACAAAAAACACUGAGAGGAUGGAGAGAGAGAGCCAAGUGCACAUCUGGGGAGCAACACCCCAUGCAGAGAAUACAAGUGCAAAGGCCCUGAGGCAGGAGCCAGCCUGGUCUAUCCAAAGAUUGGGAAGAUGGUGAAGAGGUUGGUGUGGAAGUGACUGCAUUUCAAGAGCUCAGGCAGGAGGCAAUGGUUCUUGGACUAGGUGAUGUUCUCAGGGGAAUUAAGGUGGCAGAUUCUGGAUCUGCUUGAAGAGAUUAUUGGACAGUGUUGGCUGACAUCAGAUGAAGAAUGUGAGAGAAAAGACAGCCAAGGAUGACUUCAAUGCUUUGGCCUAAGCAACCAUAUACUAAUGGAGAUGCCAUUUACUAAAAUUGAGGCAACUUUGGGAGGAGCAGAUUUGCAGAGAAAUGCCAGUUUUUGUUUUGAACUGUUUAUUAGACAAGUGGCAACAAAGUCCACCCUCGGGGGAUUUACAGAAAACUUACAAUGAAUCUAAAUAACUGCAAAUUGUGACGACUUCUAUGUGAUAAUAAAUGUAAACCAUGAAGGAUCUAAACAGGAUUUUGUAUUAGAGAAUUAGAGGGAAGGCUAUUUUCCACAGGUAGUCAGCAAGGACUUCUUGGAGGAGAUGGCAUCUGGCUGAAGACCUAGAAGGUGAGAGGGAUCCACUUGAGCAAAGAACAGUAGCAAUAUCUCUGAAGGAGGGAGUCAUCAUCUUUCAGAGUCCACCAUCCCCGGACUACAAGGGAGACUGUAGU